AUCAAUCCGCGGGAGCUAUCGUGUUUAUCAACAAGUGCCGCAUACACCUGCUUUCGCGUCAGCUUCCGUGACGGUCGUUCGGCAACCACCAUCAUCGGUGGCAACCCCUUCGUUGCCGGUGGUUCUUCGAAUCGUGUUCGAAGGCGAGGUUAAAGCACCGAGUCGUGUUCUCGACCAACCACCACCUUGCUGCGUGAUAAAUCGUGCGUGUUGCUCGUUGACGAAGAUUAUCCUCGCCGACACUUCCUCCGAUCUUCUGUCUCCUCUUUUGGUUUUCCGCUUUUGUUUCCUUCGUUUCCUUGGUUUUUCCCGGUUUUCUCGUCGAGCGUGAGUUCACUGGAAUUACAUACUAUUAAUAACCCAACGGUGUCGUUGCACGAUAUUGCUCUUGACCAGCUGUUUUUCAAACGAUUUUUGCUCUCGACGACGAACAGUGGCAUUUUGUCGAGAAUUUUCGUGCCGACCUUUUUGUGUCGUCGUAGAUUUAUUAGAUUCGAGACCGUGAAAAGGGAAAAAUAAGUUUCUAACGGUUUGUUUCUAACAGGUAAAGGUUAGUUCCGAGAGGGUAAAAGGUUAGGUCAAUGAAUUGUCUAUCGAAUCAUCGAACUGUAUUUGUGCUUCUUCGUGCUUUUUAUUCGUUUUGUCAUCGUUGGAUUUUAAGUGAUAGAAUUUACGAUAGAUGUACUUGAUUUCGACAGACUUUAGCCCGAAAUGAAAAUUCGCCAGACAAACAGAUCUUCGCUAUGUUCGCCGGGAAAUAUCUCCACGAAAUUGUGAGAAACUUGUUCAUAAUUAUUUUCGGUGACUUUGUCUUAACGCGUAUUAUACCGAUUUAUUUAAGGAUCUCCGAUGGCGUUUGAAAAUUUUCUUGUAUCGUUCCGAUAUACUUGCGCCAUAAAUACUUCGCUUCUCGAAGUACAAAGUCACCUGCUGCUCAUAAUUUACUGUCUCGCGUCUUAAUAAACUGAUGAUCUUUACAAAACACUGAUGGAAGCUUGGAGACAUUAUCCAUCUUUUGGCAAGCAAAUUUCGUUCCUGCCAUCUUUCAUCGUCGCGUCAUCUGCAAACCCUCUUUCCACAUAUUAUGUGCGCGUUGAAAUCCGCCGAUUUCGAAACAAUGCUCGCUGUGAUCUGCUUGAAAAAAUCCCGAAAAUAUUCUCCGUUUCAAUUUACAUAACAAAGUGAAUUACACAAUUUAGCGAAUUUUGUAUUCUUCGCAUUUUUAUGAAUUGCAACGUGUGUAUGAAAGUGAAGUGAAUCUAUCGAAUCUUAAUGAAUCAGCGAUAAAACGUUAUUAUCUACUGAAGCUCAAUUGUCUGCGAUGACCGUGUAGAAACGCGUUUUGUUCCACGCUUCAGGACACGAGGUUCAAUGAUGCACCGCUUAAUGAUCGAAGGGUGCGAUCGAGGAGGGUGGAAUCGAAAAUAUGAGAAAAGGGGCGCGGUUUUCGGAAAGCGGUCGUCACUAUAAAUAGAGCCGCCUCGUGCGUGCGUGCUAUGCUUUUAAACAUAGUUUUGGCAGCGCGAAACGUCAAACCGCCUCGGAGUGGCAAAGCGCGUGGAUCGUUUCGCGAAUUUCACGGAAAACAUUGACCGAAAUCCUUGUUCCUUUCUGCAAUACCUGGUUCAAAUCACUGGACAUCUUCGAGUCUGGAGAAUAAAAUGUGACUGCGCGUUACUAUUUUUUAAAAAAUCAUACGCCCCUUCGUUAACUCGUAUCAAGAAGGAAACAAAGAAACAGAAGAUUUGCUGACAACAUCGAGUAAAAUAAAACUCGUUCGAGUUUCAUCGUGAUAUAUUUCGAUAAUAAAACGAUCAAUAUCGUUUUGAACGUUCGUCGAUUAAAUAAAUCAGCUGUUUUAUUUCGUUGGUUGUCGUGUCGCGUCUCGACGACUCUUUUCUUGUCUUUCCUUCCGAUUAAAGGGAGGUAAAAGAGCGGGGAGCUUCGUCGAGAGGAAGAAAUGAAAAGUGCAUCGGAGAAGUGUGACAAGGAGAACCAGCGGCCGAUGGAGAGAAACCACGAGGCUGAUGGAGACGCGCAGGACGCCCAGGACGAAGAGUAAAAAUCGCCAUCACACUAACAAAAACGCCUGUCCCCGCGUUUCGUGCGUGUGCUCGUCGCUCUGCGUCAGUGUGAUGUCACCGAGCAACAAAAGCGCGGACGAGGCUAUAAACGAAGCGUUGUUGGAGAAGCUGCGAAGUUGCGUGUCCAAGCCGCAGGAGGCCGAUACGUUCAGACACAUUGCAGCUAAGAUUCAUGCUCGUGUCACGUCUUCAGAUCGGCGGGUGCGUGAGCGCACGUUGGAGAAAUUAUGGCGCAAGAAUUCCGGCGCGAUGGAAAUAUUCAUCACAACGUUGGAGAACUGCAAGGAUCACGUGAUAAACUGCAGUAUCGCCAGCAUAUUACACGAAUGCAUAUCACCCCGUGUCGCGAAGGGGAAGACCAAAGGGAACAAGAACAAAAGUGCCACAAGAUCCAGCAGCCGAAUGGCAGUGAUGCAGCUGAUCAAUUUAGGAAUCACGCAAGUUCUAGUUAAGCUUUUAGUUAACCUGCAACACGCGGACACUAUUUCGAGCGAAGUGCUCACGCAGGAGGUGCUUUGGCUUUUGGGCCAGAUAGCCCAAAGGGACCAGAAGUUCGUGUCGAAGAUAAAGAUGCUUAAUACGAUAAAAUUGUUUCACACGCUCCUCAAGCAACAUUACAACAACAGCAAAACGCUACUACCGUUGUUAUUGACUGUUAAAUGUCUGGCCAGAAACUCAAUCUCUCUUCAAGUGUUGGUGAAGGACGGGAUCUCCAGCACGCUGGAGAAAACGUUCGUAUGCGUCGGUUACAUGCCGCAUCUGAAACUCAGACUGCUGUUAGAGUGUUUCAAAUAUUUCACAACGAGCAAACUUUGUUGCACGAAAUUCGUGAAGGUGGGCCUUGUGCAUCUAUUGAUGAGGAUUUUCGAAAGAUGGGAAAGAUUCGACGGCCCGAUGAGACUGAAGAUUUGCAAUUGCGCCUUGAUCACGUUGCAGCACUUAUGCGUCAUAAAAGCCGGCAGAAAGGCUAUCAAGACGAACAAUGGUCUGCAACUACUGUACCGGUUUUGCAGCAACUGUCCGGAGGAUAAGGCAUACGAUUCGUUGCUGUCACGUAUAUGCGGUAUAAUCAAUCAAUGUCUGGAGAAGAAGGAGCUGCCGGUGCCCGAAAUGUCUCCGGCAAGAUUCGUGCUACCUGAAGCAAAUGUUAGACCGAAUAGCGCCGAGAGUGGCAGCGACAUCGACAGCCAGGCCUGUAGCGUGGCUUCUCUUGGAAGACUGUACAGUGACCUUGAUUCCGGAGACGAAGAAGAAAGUCAGAAUUCAAGGACGAACGUGAAAAAUAUGAAUGCAGCCGACGAAGUGGACGAGAGCAAAUUCUUCGCUGGUGUGUUCACUUCUCAAAGAUCAGAGGAGGAUCUGGCCGAAUACGGCGCUUUCUUCAAAGAAUUAGGCAACCUACAGAACCAAGUUUGCGUAGCAAAGUCUUCAACAGAGAAAUUGAUCGAUGCAACAGACACGAGAAUAUGCAGUAGCAAAACAAAAACGUUCACGAAGGAUCCGACGAAAGAAGGGAUAACAAAGAAUCAAACGUCAAAUAAUGACACGGCUAUCAAAAUUUUUAACGACAUGUCUUCGAAUUUGUCGGAUCAACAGGCCUAUUGCGUGAUAGCAAGCAGAGUGAAAAGCGUGAUAGAUUUCGUGAAGGUGGCUUACCCGGAUCUGAUCGGUGGCGAUGGUCUCGGAAAGGACGAGCCUUUGAACAACAAGGACAGGAAGGUCUGUCGAUCGAAACUUCUUACGUGCGUGGAACGAGGUCUUCACGGUGGUACCUUGGUUCAAGAAGUAGUCUAUGAUCUUGACGCUUUAGCUUCUAAUAACAGCGACGAGCAAACACCGGCUGAUAAUCAUUUGUGCAACUGGGAUGAGAACAGGAUAGGGAAACGUUGCUCCGACACCAAACAGCUGCACUUUGAGUCCAGAUUCGAGAGCGGGAAUCUGAGGAAAGUUAUUCAGAUAGGCCCGAGAGAGUACGAUCUAAUCUUGACCCCGGAUGUGAACAGCGGCUCCAGGCAUCAGUGGUUCUAUUUCGAGGUAUCGAACAUGGAGGCGAACCUGCCGUAUACGUUUAACAUCAUCAACUGCGAGAAGGCGAACUCGCAGUUCAAUUUCGGUAUGAAACCGAUUCUCUUCAGCGUGACGGAAGCUCAGUUAGGCAGGCCAGGUUGGGUGAGAACAGGCGCCGAUAUCUGCUACUAUCGGAAUUGUUAUCAACGUCCAACCAAGGGGAAAAAUUAUCUGACUACGUCGUUCACUGUCAUCUUUCCUCAUGCGUACGAUGUUUGUUAUCUGGCGUACCAUUUCCCUUAUACGUACAGUUUGUUAAUGACUAAUAUUUGGAAGUGGACCAGGAGAGUUCCUUCGAAUACGUAUUUCAGAGCGGAGACUCUUUGCGAAACGUUAAAUGGAAACAACAAUCCUCUGUUGACUAUUACGUCUAUGGAUUCUAAGAGCAAUCCUAUACAGAACCGUAAAGUGAUAUUUCUAACAUCGAGAGUUCAUCCGGGUGAAAGCAAUGCUUCAUGGGUGAUGGAUGGUACGUUAGAGGCGCUGUUGAGCAACAACCCUUACGUAGCGAGUUUACGAGACGAUUACGUAUUCAAAAUAGUGCCAAUGCUGAACAUCGAGGGUGUGGUAAACGGUUGUAAUCGUUACGGGCUGACGAACGAAGACUUGAACAGACGAUGGAGCAAUCCGAACCGGGUACUACAUCCGGUGAUCUAUCACACGAAGGGCUUGAUGGAGUACUGCACGAGGGUGUUGCAAAGACCUCCCUAUGUUUUCGUCGACUAUCACGGCCAUUCACGGAGGAAGAACGUGUUUCUGUUCGGUUGCUCAAGGUCGGGUUCUUGGAGCGCCGCGGACAGGGCGAAACCGGACCAGCCGGCGCAGUAUUUGAUGUUGCCGCACCUCAUGCAAAGAAUAUCUGCGGCGUUCGCGUUGCCACUGUGCUCGUUCAAGGUCGAAAGGAACAAGGAGUCCACGGCUAGGGUAGCCAUAUGGCGGCAGUUAGGUGUUUCGAGAAGCUACACCAUGGAGAGCAGCUUCUGCGGAUGUGACCAAGGAACGUUGGCAGGUUUGCAUCUGGAUACCAAACACUUGAAGGCGAUCGGCCAAGAUUUCUGUCAGGCUCUGUCGAUGAUGAAGGACUGUGCCGAGGAUUGGAGCGUCGAGAAGUCAUUGGUGGAAGACUGUUGUCCGCGAAAAUGCAUUUUGCGGAAAUCCAGAAAGGUUCCCCCUAAAUGUAUUCAGGAUAAGACUGCGGUGCAUCACAUCGCUGCGAUCGCGUAACGAACGAUCGAGUAGACGAUCCGAGGAUCCCCAUGGGAGAAGGCAUUCCCGAGGAAUCAGGAUGCAUGGAGGAUGAGAUUUCGUCCAGUUGCGAAUCGGACGAGUCCGAUUUUGAAACUUAGCGAUAUCUCGAAAUUUCGAAUUUCAUGGAAUCGACAGGGAUCAUCGACGAUUCUGGUGUUUCUUCGUUCAUCGAUCGGAAAGUCGCGCAGGUUUCUUUGUUGCCGAAUAGAAGAAGUAAGAACACCGGGCAAAGAUUCUGUACACUUUGAAGAAUUUUUAUUUAAACUCGUAACAAAUGUCAAGCUAUUUCUACGGAGAUCCUAUCUAGAAACUGAAGCCCCGUUUUAAUGUAUACAAUCUCGAAAAUGAACGCGUCGCCAUUUGUAAAUUGAAACAUCUAUUAAAUUUGAGCAUCUUAAACAUCACCGAUACCGAAAGUACGUUCGCUUAACCAGAAUUUGAGAACUUCGUUCGCUAAACCAAACGAUUAAACGUCAGAAAUCAAGAAGAAUCAACGUCACGAGCAACCAAUCCGGUAGAAGACUUAAAACGGAUCUACAGAGAAGCGAUUCGAAUUAAUUUCAUAUUAAUUUCGAAUUAAUUUCGAAUUGUCCUUUUUCUUACGAACAAAAACGCCCACAAACGAGAUUUAGUUAAGCGAAAAAUCAAGCGAGUGUUCUAAAAGGCAAAGUCCAUUUUCUUUUCAUGCUGUACCUCGCUGUUUACAUUAAUUGUAUGUGAUACUUUAUCGAUUGUGAUCAUAGAAAAUAAAGCUUACUUAUAAUACGGUAAAUAUUUCGCUAAAAAGUAUUCACCCGAAACUCGCAAGCAUCUGAAAAUCCUCCCAUUCUUACUCGUAUUUUACACUAAUCCUUAAUUAAUUGAUUCAGUCUUCUACAAGGUCGUUAAUCGCAUAUAUCGCUACGCAUCUUCGCACGAAGUUUGCCAAAUUCGGGCCUCUAGGUUUCGUAUUGCUCAACCUUUAAUACAAGCUGCUUACAAGCGAUACAUACUGUGUGAUCGGUGCUUAAAAUUAUACCACAAUUUAGACUAGACAAAUCUAGUAAUUGCGGAAAGCGCGAAGACGAAAAGUGGCUAACAGUGUAUUUUUCUAACGCGACGAAAGACAUCGCUGUCGACAGUGCUUUGUGUAAGAUCGAAGCUGGAUCGGUGGGACGCGCGUGCAACCAAUCGAAUCGUAUCGACGGUAAAAUAAAGCAGAGAAACAAAGUGGUAAAGCUGCGAAUUGUUUCUGCGAUAGAAAAGGAUUGAGAGACAGAAAGAGAGCGCAGAAAAUCGUCGAAUCGUAACGAACGAUUAAUAGAGACAGCUUUUUCUAUUUCGUACAGUUCUUUGGCGCGCUAGAAACGUGUAAAAUCCAAGUUUGUGGUAGAAAUAUUCAGUCGAUUCGUUUUCUGUUAAUUCUGUUGGGCGUGAUAGAAGAUAAUUUGGCCUGCUGCGACCUACCACAUCGAAGUUAUAGAACCAUGUCGAUUUAACAUUAUUCGGGCAUCUAGGCGAUGAAUUCUACAACACGCAAUUCGAUUCGUAUCUCUGCUCGGCUUUUUGUAU